AUGAGCCCCGAGCCGGUCCCCCCGCUGCCCCAGCGUCCCGACUGCGACUGCGGGGAGCCGUUCGCCACGCGCUUAGAGAAGGGAGACGAGGCCUUCCGCGCGGGCGAGUACGGGACAGCCGCUGAGCUCUUCCGCUCUCUGUUGGCCGGGCUGGCGCAGCCUGACCGCGGCCUGUGCCUGCGGCUGGGAGACGCGCUGGCCCGCGAGGGCCGUCAAACCGAGGCCCUGGGAGCUUUCCGUGGGGCUGCGCGGCUCCGGGCGCUGCGGCCCGAGGAGCUGGGGGAGCUGGCGGGUGUCCUCGCGCGCGUCCUCGGCCAGCGCGAAUGGCGGCUGCCGGCUGGAAAGCCGGGCCGCGCCCCCGAGGCGCCCCGCGAGGAGCAGCGGGCCUCGGCGUUCGCCGCUCCGCGUGACUUGCUCGGUUGCCGGCGCGGCCAGCGCCUGCCCCACAAGCCGGUGACCCUGCCGUGCGGGCUCACGGUGUGCAAGCGCUGCGUGGAGCCCGGGCCGCGGCGGCCCCAAGCGCGGCGGGUCAACGUAGUGCUGAGCAGCCUGCUGGAGAAGUGCUUCCCCGCAGAGUGCCGUGUGCGCAGGAGGGCGGGUCUGCAGCGCCGCAGGCAAUAGCCCGAGGCCGCGCUGCUCACGUGCAACCAGGCCCUGGACCUGGAGCCAAGUUUAAACUCUAUUUUUCUUUUGGGGGCAGAGUUGUAUUUAACCAUGAGGAACUAUGAGCAGGCUUUACAGGAUGCCAGUGCAGUUUAUCAUAACGAACCUUUGUUGACUAAGGGACAUCAUGUGAAAACUCAGAAUCUUUCUAGACUGGGAAGAAGUAAGGCCAUUUUGAAGGAAUUUCUCUAUUGCCUUGCUUUAAAUCCUGAAUGAAAUUCAGUGAAGAAAGCACAGAAUCUUACCAGAGAUGUGCCCAUCUUUGUGUGUGCUGUGGCCUUCCCCACUGUGCCUUGUCCCCUGCACAUCUUUGAGCCCCGCUAUCGGCUCAUGGUAAAAAGAUGCAUGGAAACUGGCACCAAGUGGUUUGGCAUGUGUUUAUCUGCUAAGCACGCAGGGAUUUCUGAGUAUGGCUGCAUGCUGGAGAUCAAGGAUGUCAGAACAUUUCCAGAUGGAAGUUCAGUUGUUGAUGCAAUUAGAGUUAGUCGGUUCAGAGUUUUAAGCCACAGUCACAGAGAUGGCUAUAACACAGCAGACAUUGAGUAUCUUAAAGAUGAGAAGGUAGAAGGUCCAGAGUAUGAGGAAUUAAUCACUCUUCAUGAUUCAUUUUAUCAACAGUCUACUUCCUGGUUUACUGCACUUCAGGAUCACAUGAAAGAACUUUUAAGUCAUUUUGCGGUAAUGCCGAAUAGGGAAGCUGAACCUCAGAGUAAUCCUAGUGGCCCUGCUUGGUCCUGGUGGACCCUGGCAGUGCUGCCAUUAGAACGCAAGGCUCAGUUGGCCAUACUUGGCAUGACCUCGCUGAAAAAGUGGCUGCUGGCCAUUAGGUGCAUAUUAGUUAUCAUCACAUGGAAGAUGAAUAGUUGGCAAGAGCAGGUUAACAGGGAGAGGAAUAACUGACUUUCUCUGUCAAGGUUUCUGUAUUCUAUGAGGAGAGCCAGGCAAUGAUGAGUAUACCAGUCAUCACAAUUUGUAAAAGGCUUGUUGAUACGUUCCCAAAAUGGUACACUCACCAUUUCCUUUAAAGUCUGUGCCUAGUAGAAUCUUAACCCUGUACAAGGUUAGUCUGCAGUUUGAGUGGAGCCUGUGGUUGGAAAACAAAUGCAGAAAGCUCUUUGAAGCAGAUGUUUCUCAUGUGCAGCUCAUGGGUAGCAUGGACAUCACACAUGAUUACAAGUGGCGUAUAUUUCACAAGAAAGAAGAAUUCCCUUUCCAAUAAAGUACUUUGCCACAUGGGAACAGCAUGUUUCAGUGGCUAGAUAGCGAGGCAGGGGGAAUCAUGUUUACUCUGGAAGCAGACUUCUCAGGGCACAGGCUAACUGAAAAUGUGUUUAGGCAUUGUGUGUCACUGUGAAGUUGUCCGUGAAAUUGAGGACUCAAAUCAUUGCCCAGUGCAGGAACUGAAACUAGCCCUUAACCAAGAAAUACUAGUUACCAGAUAGAACUGUGUUUUGUGUCCUGCAUUAGUUCAGGUGUUGUAAAUUGCAUGUUGUAAUCAAGUGAA